AUGGCAGAAGAGGUGAAGCUGUUCAGAACAUGGUCGAGUCCAUUUCCUUUGAGGAUCAUUUGGGCAAUGAAACUCAAGGGCAUAGAGUACGAAACCAUAUUUGAGGAUCUCUCCAACAAAAGCCAUCUUCUCCUUCACUACAACCCUGUGUACAAGAAGGUCCCCGUGCUCGUCCACAAUGGCAAACCCAUCUCGGAAUCACUUGUAAUUCUUGAAUACAUCGAUGAAACAUGGAAGCAGCCUCCUUUGCUGCUGCCUGAAGAUCCUUAUGAACGAGCCAUGGCUCGUUUCUGGGCAAAAUUCUGCGACGAAAAGGUCCUUCCACCAGUGGCCGAUGUUCUUGUGACUCAAGGGAAAGAGCAGGAGGCGGCCCUUGCUCAGCACAUGGAGAACAUGAAGCGCGUCGAGGAAGAACUCAAGGGGAAGAAGUUCUUUGGAGGAGAGGCAAUUGGGUUCGCGGACAUUGCAUAUGGAUGGAUGGCUAAUCUGUUAAGUGUAAUGGAGGAGGUUACCGGGCUCAAGCUCACAGAUGCAGAGGCAUUUCCGGCAAUAUCGACGUGGCUACAAAGCUUCUCCGACGUGCCGCUGAUCAAAGAGAACUGGCCGCCUCGUGAGAAGCUCGUCUCCAAGUAUCAGGCCUUCCGCGAGAAACGUCUUGCACUUGCAGCAGAAGCAACAUCUAAAUGAACCAGCUUGGGAACAAGUCUUCUUGUUCAUGUAAUCAAGGAAUAGAGAUAGAGUUCCAUUUCAUCCUACGGGAAAAAUAAUCUCUAUCUGUUAAGAUGAUCUUAUUAAAUAAUCCAGGUGCAUGAAAAGAUCUCAGUGCUUGUGGACAA